AUGAUAAACUCAAUUAAAAACUAAUUUAAGCAAUAGCUUGAAUUACUUUAAAAUAAGAAGUACAAGAAGCCUGCGUUUGAAGCUUAUAACAUGAAAAGAGCCUUUGUCACAUUAGAUCAAGCAUUUGAGUAUGUUGGAGACAAUUCGAAAUAUCAAUAGAGGAUCACAUUAUUAUUAUGCAUAUAGUUUUUGUUUUACUCCUUUUUUGUAAUGGGGAUGCCGUAUUUGUUAUAAAAUCCAUCAAAAUAUUGUACAGAUGAAAUUUGUAUUGAAUAUCCUAAUUGUAACAAUAGAAUAGAUAGUUUAAUUGGAUUUGAUAGUAUAGCGAAAGAAUUUGGGUUAUUUUGUAAUGGUAGAAAAGCAUUUAUAGCAGCAUUAUUUUUUGUUGGUUAAAUGUUUGGAGGAUUUACAUUUCCAAUAUUGGCAAAUAUAUUUGGAAGAAGAAAAAUAUUAUUAUUUGGAAUGAGUAUAGGUUCAGUCUCAAUAUUUGUUGGAGCUCUUUGUAAUAAUUUAUUAUAUCUAUAUGCACUGUUCUUUAUAGCAGGUUUUGGAUUGAGUGGAUAUGAGACUGUAGUUUAUGUUUACAUAAAUGAGAUAAGUGCAUUAAGAUUUCGAUCAAUAGCUAGUUCAUUAUUAAUAGUGAUUUGGAGUUCUUCAAUGCUUAUAUAUCCAUUUAUAGUAGAUAUAUUGUAAUCAUGGAGACUAUUGAUGAUGUGGAGCAUAGGUGUUCCGCUUUUAGUUACAGUUAUAUUGGAUUACUUUUAUUUUGUUGAAUCACCAAGAUGGUUAAUUUCUAAAUAAUAAUAUGAUGAAUGCAGAAAAGUGUUUAGAUUUAUGAGCAUAUUUAAUAAAAGGAGACCUUUUGAAUUUAAUUUCAUCGAAGAAUUAGAUAAGUUUAACAAUAGAUGUGUUAAAUUAGCUACUGUAAAGAGAGUGGAAACAUAAAUAAAUUUAAAUUAGCAUACAAAUUAGUCUGCAGGAUAUUGGGAAUUAUUAAAAAGAUCAAAGUUACUGAUAUAAACCUCAAUAUUGGUUUAAAUGUGGUUUUUAAGAUAUUUCACAUAUUAUGGUUUAUAAUUUUCAGUAUCAACAUUUGGAAUUUCAAUGACUACUACAUUGAGAAUGUUGGCAUUGGUUGAAUUAAUGACUGGAAUGUCAAGCUGUAAAAUAUUAUAAUAAUAAUAAUAUAGUAUAUUUUAAAUUGAAAUACCCAAGAAUAAUAUCAUUAUAAUUUUGUCUAUUGACAAUGAUUUUAAGUGCAACACUAGCCUAUAUAGAUAUUCCUUUAGAAUGUUAAAGUUCAUUAUGUUGGCAAUAAAUUCUUCAUUUACUUAGUGCCAUAUUGAUAAAGGCAAGCAUAACUAUUUAUAAUUCAAUGCUCAAUACAUACACAGGAGAAGCUUAUGUAACAACAGUUAGAUCAUAUGGAUAUGGAGUUUGUAUGACAUUUGGAUAGCUUGGAAGUACAUUUGCCCCUCUCUAUGUGUCUUAUGUAUAGGAAAUCUAUCAAUAAGCAAGUGCAAUUACAAUAGUUGGUUUAAUGGCAAUACUUGCUCUUGGUUUGACAUGGUAAUUAUUUAUAUUAAUAAGAAUAUUCUAGGUUCUUACAAGAAACCUAUAAAAAGGAUAUGUAUGAUAAUUUGACAGAUGAAGUAAUGGCAAAUUAAACUCUUCCCCUAAUUAAUCAUGACAUGUAAUUUGAAGAAAUCGAGCUUCAGCAAUUAAGUAGAUGA